CUCUUCGCUGGCUGCGCUGCGCCCCUUCUUGCACGCAAACGACUCGCACGGAAAACACCGUCCCUCUUGGCCUCCUGGGCUCCCGGCUCGACGGCACGGCGGCGAGCCACCACCACACCUGGCCGCCGCCAGUGAUCUAGCCUACCCCAGAGCCGUCAAAGGAUAGCCAUACGCCCAUAGUCACCCCGUCCCCUCCGCUCCCGCCGAAUCGGGGCGAAGAAGAUGGCGUCCCGGCGGGGCAGCAGCUGUUGCGCGCUCUGCGAGGGAUCCAACCUCCCCUCCUGCUGCGCCGCGUGCGUCAACGCAAGGCUGGUCGAGUACCACACCAGGCUGCGCAUGAUGAAGAGCCUCCGCGACUCCCUCCAAGCCCGCAUCGCCGCUCGCCACGAAGCCAAGAGCAAAGCGGAUGAGCAGAGGAUCCGGAGAGUGAGCAAAAAUCAGGAUAUCAUGGAGUUGAGGGAUCGGCUCACUGAGUUGAAGAGAAAAACUGCAAUGGAGAAGACCAAAGUUCAGCAUUCAUCGAGUGAUCUCAAGGCACAAACGGCGUCGUUGAAUUUGGCUUUUGUCACGCUGAAAAAAAGGCGAGCUGAUGCAGUGACAAUGCACACCAAUGCCAUGAAAGUCGCACAGAUGAAUCUUAUGGCAACCACCUCCGAGUGUCUGAAAAUGCAAUCAAAAUCUGUAAAACAACUUUGCAGAUUGUUUCCAAUGCGACGAAUUAUUAAAGAGGGAGAAAAAAAAGAAGACUACAGUGGUCCAUAUGAUUCGAUAUGCGGGGUCCGUCUUCCUCGUGGUCUCGAUCCACAUUCUGUUCCAGCAGAAGAGCUAUCAGCUGCUUUGGGGUACAUGCUACAUUUUAGCAAUAUUGCAGUUCGUAUCCUAUCCGCGCCUGCUCUUCAUGUAUCAGGCUUUAAGGGUUCAUGCUCACAAAUUUGGCAGCGGAGUUCCUACUGGAGUACACGACAGUCCCAGAGCAAAGUUUACCCACUUUUCAUACCUAGGAAAAAUGUAUGCACAGGUGGUGAGGAAAGUUCAUUGACAGAAAGUGGUUCUGCUAACUUUGGUGUUGACUCUAUGGAUUCUGUAAAGAAAGUCUCUUUUGAUUCGAAGAGAAGCAAUAGCUUCAACUUUUCUGGUGCAUCCUCCCACUCUAUGGAAAGGCAUCAAUAUUUGCAGAGAGGAAUAUCACUAUUAAAGACAAGUGUUACCGCCAUUACUACCUACUAUUAUAGCUCACUGGGCUUGGAUGCGCCAUCCAAUCUUUCUACUUUUGAGGCGUUUGCAAAGUUGCUCCAUAUGUUAUCGUCAUUAAAGGCCCUUCGAGCUGCUCUUGAAUCGAACAUUGCUUCAAGGUCAGAGAAGCAAGCACAGCAGCUAAACAAAUCGAUUUGGAAGGCAAGCUCGGCCAUAUCAUCAGAGAGCAGUUUUAUGGACAGCAUUCACACAGCCAUCAUGCCAAGCACUCUGGACAACCUCCUCCUGAACUCAAAUGAGAGCUUCUUGUACACCGGUAAGCUGGUGAAGCACGGUGGCGUGCCAGACAGUAUCUUGGAUGGCUGGGAUCUGGUAGAGCGUGAGGUCCUACCGCCGCCACCCUCGCAAACUGAAAAUGUCGCGCAGUGGGAAAGAGCCAUGUAUGCUGGCACCAAAAAGAAAUGACUUCUAUCCGAAGACCAAACUGAGUGAACACUGCAAGAGCUUCAGUUAGAUAUGUACCCGAUCAUCAGGUUCUGGUUCAUGUACAGUACAGAACUAACCUCACCCUGUGGCUAUUGAGUUAUCUACACUGCAAACUGCAGAGAAGAGCAUUGUAGGGUAGGCUCAUCUGCUGCCAGUACAUGUACAUCCCUGUAAAUUUGUAAAUAUAGCUUGUAUAUUGGUCACAAAGCUAAUAAAAUGCUUGGAAUGCUGAUGUUUCUUCCUGCAA